ACAGCUUAUAAUACAGUGUAGGACCCUGGAACAAAGUUUGACCAGAAUAAAAUAUUAGCGGAAUCCCGAAACCCAAUGUUUCUGCCAACAGAUAAUGAAACACGCCGAACAUUUCAAAAAAAAACAUAGAUUUCAUGGGUAUGGUGAGACACUCUACCACUUUGGUGCAUCACUUAUAUUUACAUAUUGUUGAAACUAUGCUCUGUUUUAAGUUGAACUAAUUUUGUCGAAAGUUUGUAUCUAAUGUGGUAUUGCAUGCAUUUGCUUUAUUUGUUUUCUCCAGAAUUGUGUAAAUGGAAACAAACAUCGAUAAGAGUUGGAUAAAUUUGCCUAGGCUCGAUCCAAGAUACCUACAAGGGGUUAUAGAUUUCAUGGAAUUUGCUUGUAAGAACAUUCUUGAUCGGCAAACAGAAAUUGCAUGUCCGUGUAAGAACUGUCAUAAUUUGGCUAGAAAAAACAUUGAUUUAGUAAAGGAACAUCUUGUCGUGAAUGGAUUUACUCCAAGUUACACUGUUUGGAUUUUCCAUGGGGAAAAAUCACAACCUAUAAAUUGUCGUGUUGAAAAUAGUGGAUGUGGCAAUUUUAAUGGGCAAGAUGAGAUGCAAGAAAUGGUGUGUGAUGCAUUUGGAAUUCCGCCAAUUCAGGCCCAUGAUAUUGAUCUUGAUUAACCUCUGGGUGAUGGACAUAAUCUUGAUCCACCUCUGGGUGAUGGACAUACUCUUGAUGAAGAAACUACCAAGUUUUUUAAGCUUUUGAAGGAAGCCGAGAGAGAGUUAUACCCAGGGUGUCAAAAGUUCUCAUUGCUCUCAUUCAUUGUGGCUUUGAUGCACAUUAAGUGCCUAUGUGGUUGGAGUAACAAGUCUUUUACCAUGUUGCUUAAGCUGUUGAAGAAAGCCUUGCCUGAAGGUGAAAUAUUGCCUAAUUCUUUUACUGCGAGCAGACAACUAUUGGGUGGUUUGGGCCUUGAGUAUCAUAAAGUUCACGCAUGCCCUAGAGAUUGCAUGUUGUAUUGGGGUGAAGAUGCAAAGCGAGUUGAUUGUAAAGUCUGCAAUGUUCCUAGAUAUAAGCCAGAGGAGCAAAAAGAUGGAUCAAAAAAAGGAGGCAAAAUUCCGCAAAAGAUUGUUAGGUACUUUCCAUUGAUACCUAAGCUGAAAAGAUUGUACUUGUCCAAAAAGACGGCUGGCUUAAUGAGAUGGCAUGCAGAGAACCCAGCUCCUAUUGGCAUUUCAAGGCAUCCUGUUGACUCCGAUAUAUGGAAACUGUAUGAUAACCUCCAUCCGGAUUUUGCUCAAGAUCCUCGCAAUGUCAGGCUUGGUUUAGCAUCUGAUGGCUUUAACCCAUAUCGUACAAUGAACAGCACUUAUAGCAUUUGGCCCGUGGUGAUGAUGACAUACAAUUUACCACCUUGGUUGUGCAUGAAACAACCUUAUAUGAUGUUGACACUGCUUAUUGAUGGACCAAAGUCACCUGGAAAUAAUAUUGAUGUAUAUUUGAGGCUUAUAGUAGACGAGAUGAAGGAGUUGUGGGAUAUAGGUGUUAACACUUAUGAUGCAUUUGGCAAUGAGAUGUUCAAAAUGCAAGCAUUAAUGUUGUGGACAAUUAAUGAUUUGCCUGCAUUAGCUAUGUUGUCAGGCUGGAGUACAAAGGGUUAUCUUGCUUGUCCAGUUUGUCUUGAUGAAACUUGUUCACGUUGGUUAGUUCACGGGAAGAAGGUUUGUUAUUUGGGGCAUCGUAGAUGGUUGGAUAAGGACCAUAAAUUUCGCUAUGAGCGCAUGUCUUUUGAUGGGACCGUUGAACUUCGUCCUUGUCCAACUCGUUUAUCUGGUCACGAAGUCUUAGCAAUGUUUCCCGCUAACUAUGUGAAUAAUUUUGGAAAGGAGGGGGAUGAGGAUUUACCUGUUACAAAAAAAAGAAAGAAACGAGAUGGAGAAGAUGAAGAUGAUUUACAAGGUAAUUGGAAGAAAAAGAGCAUUUUCUUUGAUCUAUCGACUUGGGAGGAAAAUCCGCUUCGACACAAUCUUGAUGUGAUACAUAUUCAGAAAAAUUUGUGUGAAAGCUUGGUCGGGACAGUAAUGGAUCUUGAUGGCAAAGGGAAGGACAACUUAAAUGCGCGUCGUGACCUUCAACUAAUGGAGAUUCGAAAGGCGAUGCAUCCGCAAAUUCUAGAUGGUGGCAAAGUGUAUCUGCCCCAUGCAUGCUUUGCAAUGAACAAUAUGGAGAAAACUAUGUUCGGCAAUUUUUUGAAGAAUGUGAAAGUUCCAGAUGGCUAUGCUUCUAACAUUUCACGUUGUGUCAAUGUAAAAAAGCGAACCAUAUCUGGACUAAAGAGUCACGACUACCAUAUAUUGAUGGAGCAAUUUCUUCCAAUUGCAGUAAGCAGAAUACUUCCAAAGAAAGUGAGUAAGCCAGUGAUAGAGCUAUGUAAUUUCUUUAGGCAAUUGUGUUCAAAAGUUGUAAAGGUUGAUGACUUGGAUAACCUUCAAUCUCGAAUAGUGCUCACUUUAUGUCAGCUCGAAAAAAUAUUUCCUCCAUCCUUUUUUGACAUAAUGGAGCACUUGAUUGUUCAUUUAGUUGAGGAGGUAAAGUUGGGUGGUCCGGUCCGGUUCCGAUGGAUGUAUUAUGUCGAAAGGUAUCUUAUGACACUUAAGAGAUAUGUGCGUAAUCAAGCUCGUCCAGAGGGCUCUAUUGCAGAGGGGUACUUCGUUGAAGAAUGCUUGACAUUCUGUUCUAGGUACUUGGAUGAUGUUGAAUCCAAGUUAAAUCGACCUCUGAGGAAUGAUGAUGGAGGUGAUGCGGGUCAAGUAGGGGGCCGCCCUUUAGGAAAGCAAGAAAUUUUUUCUCUUAAUCUCCUACAAAAGACACAGGCUCAUCGAUAUAUCCUAUUUAAUACUGAAUCCAUCACUCCGUAUCGAGAGAAGCACUGUGAAUUUCUUAAACAACGUAAUCGUCGGAUUCGAGAUCGUGAACUUGAACGCCUUCACCAUGAAACGUUUUCCAUUUGGUUUCGAACCCACGUCCACAAGUUACAACUUGAGGGGUCUGAAGAAGUAUCAGAUGAGGUUGCAAUUUUAGCGUUGGGUCCUCGUGACACAGUAAUUAGAUUUAGUGGCUAUAUCAUCAAUGGGGUUCGAUAUCACACCAAAGAGCGUGAGCUUAAAAGGAAAACACAAAACAGUGGAGUUAUGUUGAAGGCAAAGACUAGUAGUUAUUCGAGUGCCAGAGAUAUGAAUCCUCAAGAAGGAGAUGUCACAUAUUACGGAAGGAUCACAGACAUGGUGGAGUUGUAUUAUACACACGACCACAAACAUGUGUUAUUCAACUAUGACUGGAUAGAUAACAAUCGGGGUUUAGUACCGAAUGAUGAAUUUGGCUUCACACUUGUCAAUUUCAAUUGUUUGCUCUAUACAACAGAACAUGCCUCCAACGAGCCAUUUAUACUGGUAUCUCAAGCUCAACAAGUUUUUUAUGUGCAAGAUCCGGCUAAAGAAGAUUGGAGCAUUGUAAUCAAAAUGAAACCUAGAGACUUGUUUGAAAUUUGUGAAGUUGGGGAUGGUCACAUAGCAGACAUUGAAGUUGAUGGAAUCCAUCACCAAGAAGAAGAUGAUACAACAUUGCAUGAUGAGGAUAACGUGUGGAUUAGAGAUGAUUUACCUGGCCUAACACUAAAUGAUGAUGUCAAUAUGUAGUAAUUCUGGAAGUGUUAGGUUGCAAGCAUGAGAGAAAUUUUAGUUAAUAUCAAAUAUUUGUCUCUUUUCUAGUAGUUCGAAUAUAUCUAUUGACGUUAAUAUUUGAUACUUGUCUAU